UUCACUUCUUCAAACUAAUAUUUAUUUCAAAACCAUUUCAGGUCCUGCAGAACAAGAGCCGUCAGCAUGCAUGUUUACUGGCUGCUUCUGGGUCUUGCCGCCCUUAUCUACCCUACUGAAAGUACUAAUUGGGGAUGCUAUGGAAAUAUCAGAAACAUUGAUACCCCUGGAGCUUCAUGUAUAAUUGGAAGACAACGAGGACUGAAUUACUGUGGUGUUCGUGCUUCUGAAAAGCUGGCUGAAAUGGACUUGCCGUAUGUCCAGAAAUAUCAGCCCACACUGAGGGUGAUUGGCCGAAAAUACUGCGUCGAUCCUGCUGUGAUCGCUGGUAUCAUGUCCCGGGAGUCUUAUGGAAGCAAUGGCCUUGUCAGUGGGGGGAGUGUAGCCAAAGGAAAUGUUCUGGUGCAGACUGGUGGUGGCCAGCACAUUCCCACAUAUUGGACCAGUGAACCACGGAUUGCUCAAAUUACUGAGACUCAUAUAAGAAUCAAAGAAAUUCAGAGGAGAUUCCCAACAUGGACCACUGUCCAGUAUCUGAGAGGUGGACUCUGUGCCUACAAUAAAGGGAUAGGAUAUGUCAGAAGUAAUGAAGACCUCAGCUGUGACUUUUGCAAUGAUGUCCUGGCUCGAGCCAGAUAUUACAAGAGAUGUGGAUUCUAAUUGAAAGAUGAACAAGAGAAGACUAUGUUGUCUGGAUUGAGCUAUUCAUCAUUACUAUGGAAAACAUUAACGAAGACAAACUAUUAAAUAAAGUCUUGGUGUAACUAUGAA